CAGUGACUUAAAUUCAACCAUAUGUCUCCAUCAGAGAUACUUAAGUAGAAGGACAGAAAUCUCAAGAUUAUUUAUCGCCUCUCUCUGUAUAAUCUCAGGAUGAAGAUCCACCAGGUCGUCUUCUUGCUCUACUUAUCAGCUCUGUGUCCUGUCACUGCUAAACUCAACAUCUACACUGGAGCUACAGGAGGAAAUGGGAGCAUCACCUGUAGUUUCUCAAAGCAAUAUGACUGGAAGUUCUUCUGUAAAAACGACUGUGAAGGAGAGGAUAUUCUUGUUAAAACAGACGGUGCCAAAGCUGUGAAUGGCAGAUUCAGUGCUAUUUACAAAAAGGUAUCCAAUUCAGGCACAAAGAGCACUUUAAGUGUGACCAUCACAAACCUGAAGAAGUCAGACUCUGGACGCUACAGGUGUGGACUCGGAGGGGCCGAUGCUCCACAGUCUAACGUAGAUUUUGGGGUCAAAGUUGUUGAUGAUCCAAUUCAUGGAAACUCACGAUUUGCUUCUACAAAAGUUGAAGGGGAAAGCAAUACACGUGGAUGCAGUGGUGAUCCUGUCCCUGGAGGUUGGAUGUUCCUCUGUAGGGGAGACUGUGUUAAAGAAGAAGACAUUCUCAUUGAAACCAAUACCAGCGAUGUUCAGAGUGGCAGAUACCGCCUUCAGUAUAAUGAACACUGGCUAUACAAGCUGUACAUGACCAUCUCGAACUUGACCAUGUCUGACACUGGAUGGUACAGGUGUGGUUACGGCAGAGCGCUAUCUUCAGUUUCAUACGAAAAGUUUCCUGUCAUUGUCACUUCUGAUCCCAGUUCCACUGAGAGUCCCAAGGUGACCACAGAGGAGGUUCCUGCUCCUGUCUCCACCAGCAGCCACAUCCCAACAGAUCCCAGUACCACUGAGAGUCCAAAGGUGACCACAGAGGAGCUUCCUGCUCCUGUCUCCACCCACAGCUACAUCCCAACAGUUUCAGAUCCCAGUUCCACUGAGAGUUCCACGUUGGAGGGUUCUGCUGAUGACGAGCAAGACAGCAACUUCUCAGCAGGUGAACUCUUUCCUCUGGUUCUCUGUGUGGCGUUUGCUGGUGUGCUACAGCUGAUCGUCUUCUAUCUGCUCCUCUACAUCUUUAUGAACAGAAGGAAAAAGAUUCAAUUUAAUUAGAAAUAAUCCCCUUUUAGUUUGAUUUAACUGGAUUUAGUUUGAUUUCACUGGAUCUAGUAAUGAUUUAAUUGGAUUGAGUUUGAUUUUAUAUGAUUUGGUUUAAAAUAAUUUGAUAUACAUACAUAUAUUUAUAUAUAUAUAUAAAAUGUAAAUGAAAAUCAUAUAGCCUUUAGCUUUACAGAAACACUGUAAUACCUCAGGUGCUCAGGCACCUCCCAUUUCUCUGGAUCUUUGUUUAGAUGUUUCAACACCUUUUAGCAUGAAGUCAGUGUCCAAACAGGAAGUCAGUUACCCUCAGUUAAAGACAGGAGAAAACUACAAACGGACACUAAAAGCAUUUAAUACAUAUUAGUGGAAUUUUUACAUGUCCUAUUUAGCGAGCUUUAUCACAAUUCAUGUUAAAUCAUUCUAAAUACUUCAUACUAACACUAAUCUAAUACUAAUCUUACCUUGAUCCAGGGCGACAAUCAGCAGUUUCAAUGGAAAAUCCUUUGAUUCAAAUUCUCAUGUCAAAAUAGAAA